AUGGAGAUCAACAACGAUGUCUGGGAGCUCUCGCGGGUGGUCUUCAACUACCCUUCGAUCGACAACCACGCCCACGCGCUCUUGCGCAGCGAGUUCCGCGAUGCCUUCCAGUUUGAAGGCCUCAUUACUGAGUCCCAGAGCACCCGCGGUCUUACAGAAGACGCCCCCACUACCCUCGCGUGUUAUCGCGCCACCGCGCAGCUUGCGAAGCUCUACGGACUGAGCCCCAACUCGGACUGGGAGUCGAUAAAGUCGUUCCGGCGAGCAGCACAAUACGAAAAUCUCUGCAGGUCAUGCUUAGAGCCGACACGCAUCCAGUGCAUCCUCAUCGACGACGGCCUCGGCGGGGGCGACCGCGACAAGCUGAACGACUACAGCUGGCACGACCAGUUCACUGGCGCUCCGACGAAACGUAUAGUGCGAAUAGAAACCAUCGCAGAGGAACUCCUCAUGAAAGCCAUGGACGAGCAGAUCAUGGCCAACAACGUCGUCCCUGGCGAGCUCUGGACAUCCUUCGAGGCCCGCUUCACCGGCGCGCUCUCCGCGCUCGGCCAGGACCCUGCCGUCGCCGGCUUCAAGUCGAUCGUCUGCUACCGCACCGGCCUCGCCGUCGCCGUGCCCCCCGACAAGUCCCAGGUGGAACGCGUGAUCAUGACGAUGAUCCUCGUAUACGCCGCCCGGCGCACGCUCCGGCUCGCGGACAAGUUCGUGAACGACUACGCGGUCAACGUCGCGAUGCGCGUCGCCGGCGAGUGCGACAAGCCCGUCCAGUUCCACACCGGGCUCGGCGACAGCGACAUCACGCUCGCGCUCGCGUCCCCCGCGCUCCUCCAGCCGCUUGUCAAGGCGUACCCGGGCACGAAGGUCGUCCUCCUCCACGCCGCGUACCCGUUCACGCGCGAGGCCGGCUACCUCACGUCCGUGUACGACAACGUGUUCUUGGACUUUGGCGAGAUCUUCCCCUUCGUGAGCGCCGACGGCCAGCGCGACACGCUCAAGCAGGUCCUCGAGCUCGCGCCGACGAACAAGAUCUUGUGGUCGACUGACGGCCACUUCUGGCCCGAAUCGUACUACCUGGGCUCUGUGCAGGCCCGCCAAUGUCUCUUCGAGGUCCUCGAGGGUUCGCUCCGGCGCUUCGAGCUCACCCUCCCUCAAGCCGUUGGGAUCGCCAGGCGUGCGUUGUUUGAGAACGCGAACAGGAUAUACAACCUGGGACUCGAGCCCCGGGUGGCCUGA